UACCAAUCAAGCUAGACCCGGUCUCGCCCUGGUGGAGUGGUGCCAGUUAGCGGAACGGCGGCGCGGGUGGAGAACCAUGGAAUCUCUCCUUCGGAGCAAAUUCCACGCCUUCCGGGCGCGGCUUUUCCCUUCUUCACCCGCGACCCGUUUAAAUAGGGACCCCCUGCUGCGUGGCCAUCACCAUGCUGGCUCUUUUUCUUGCACGCCUUAUCCUCAAUUCCUAUACUGCCGUUCUCCAUCAUGGGCUUGAUGCGCAAGACUGCUGACCAGGCCCUGGGCCUGACCGCCACCGCCCUGGCUCUGGUCAGUGCCGCCCAGGCCACGGCCCCGUCCGUCACCGUCUCCCAGGGUCUCGUCCGUGGAUUUGAGAAAAAUGACACGAAUGUCUUCCUGGGCAUCCCGUUCGCCGAGACGACCGCUGGUGAAAACCGCUGGAAGGCCCCCAAGGCUCUGUCGUGCUUUGCCGGAGGCGAAUUCAAAGCUACCACCUAUGGCCCCUCGUGCGCCCAGGCCAUGUCUGGCACCGCCAUCACGGCCCAGAGCGAGGACUGCCUCAGCCUGAACAUCUGGACUCCGCUGAGCGGUAGUGAUCUGCCCGUCUUCGUUUAUAUCUAUGGCGGAGCCAUGGUUACUGGUGGCAGCAGUAACGCCCAGUGGCAGGGCUACAACUUCGCCCGCAAAGACGUCAUCUAUGUCAACUUCAACUACCGCGAGAGCAUCUACGCUUCGCCCAAUGCCCCGGAACUUGAGGGCCAGUCGCAGAACUUUGGCAUCAUGGAUGUGGAUUUGGCCGUGCAGUGGGUUUAUGACAACAUCGAAGCUUUCGGAGGAAACAAGUCGAACAUCGUGCUGGGUGGUCACUCCUCUGGCGGUGUGCAUGUCGACCAUUACCUCUGGAAUCACCCGGAGACUUUCCUGGCUGGCGCCGUGGAGAUGUCGGCCAACGCUGAGUCCGGUCCGGCCUAUGCCCCGGCCGGCGUGGCUCUGGCUCAGGUCGUUGAGGAUAUGUUGGCGGCCAACGUGACGCUCGGCUGUGAUGCCAGCAACUACACGUUGGACUGCCUGCGCGAGGUUGAUACCUACGCCUUCCAGACCACCUACUUCAAUUCCACUUCCAACACCUGGUUCUCCCCCAUUGUCGACAACAUCACUCGCUUCUCCAACUACACCGACCGUUUUGCUCAAGGCCACUACCCCAAGUCUCUGCCUCUUAUGGUUGGUAACUCUGACCAGGAGGGCCGUCUGUUUGCCUAUGCCUAUGCUUCCGAAAACACCAACUUCACCAAGUGGAUCCACACCUUCGACGCGGAUGUCGCCUGGGUGCCGUCCGAGGAGCUCCUGGAUGCGUACAACAGCUCUGAUUACUCGUCCGUCUCCUUUGAGAGCGGCGCCUGCUACGGUGAUGCCCGUUUCCUCUGCUCAACCGACUACCUUGUCGACGUGCGCUCGAGUGAGCAGCCCACCUGGAUCUACCGCUGGUUUGGUAACUACUCGAACGUGCUUGGCGUCGCCGGCAUUGGCCCCUCCCACGGCAGUGAGGUGCCCUUCUUCCACGGUGGUAAUGAGUGCUUCUCCAAGUUGAGCGACGUUACCACCGCCGAACAGGAGCUGGCGGACUACAUGAACGACUGGUUUGUGGCCUGGAUCAAGGAGCCCAGCUCCGGCCCCGGAUGGGACCAAGCUCAACCCGUCAACGGUCCUCUGGCUCGCCUGGGAGUUCCAGGCAACGAGCUGGCGAUCGAGAUGAGCACUACCGGCGCCUACAACGGACGCUGCCAGGCCGUAUACAAGCCUAACUUCCCCAAGUAUCCGGUGGUGCAGAACCCGGUGCUGCUGGAUUCAUAGAGGAUGGAGACGACGUGACGACGUGACUAGCUACGCCGCCGUGGGGCGUGCACUUUCCCGUAAACUAAUUUCAUUUUACGAGACAUAAUUUCAUA